ACUCUUCUUCUGUUCGAUGUCUAUUUAUCUUUAUAUUAUGCGUAGAACAUGAUUCCAUGUAGUCGAAGAAUCUUCAAGCUCUUGUCCAAUAUGAGGAAAAUAAUUGUUCUGAUCAUCCUCCCCCAUCGGCCACAAGGCCCCAUGUCGAUUAGGUUCCGCGGUUGUCAAACCCAUGUGGCUUUGCUUCACACGCAAUUACACCUCCUCCUUAAACUAGAUAGAGUUUUAUGCUUUGUCCCAAAGCCUCCUCCUCGUAUCUCUAAUCUCUUUCUCGUCUCCCUUAAUCCCUUCCUCUUCUCUUCCUAAUCCUCUUCGACCUGUACUUGUUGUUGUUGUUGCUACUUCUCUAUUACUCGCAUCUGUUGGUUCAUGGGGUGUAGAGGUUUCUUGUGAGUAGGAAGAACAGCAACCCAUACCAUAAAUCACCUUGGAUUUCCUGUCCUCGUUAUCCUCUCUUCCUAUAUAUAUUCCGCCAUGGACAGCGAGAACUCCGCCUGCGGCAACCCUAACCCUAAUCCAACCCUUGGCCCUUCCAAGCUCAUGCUGGCCUUCCGCUUCCUGAGAGCCCUCUCCCUCGUGCACCGAACGACGCCCGCCUCCUCUCGCACCUGUCGAGGCCGUAGAAUAGAGCGCGCCGCCUAUGCGUCCAUGGCCUACUCGGCCGGCACCGGUCGUGGUUGGAGCCGGGCUGUGCUUCGCAGACUCCACCACCGGGCUCGACGCCGAGCUGUUGCUCCAAGAAGACUGAGCACCACCGCCGGAAACCGGGCGGAAGCCCUCCGACAGCUGGUGCCGGGAGGAGCAGGCAUGGACUACUGCACCUUGCUCGAGGAGACUGCGGACUACAUAAAGUGCCUUAGCAUGCAGGUAGAGCUCAUGCAAGGCAUCGUGGAUUCUUCCUCUUCUUACGGUCCAUGAUCUGAGGAGAAAGAACAGGUUAAGACUUCAUAUAUCCUACGAUAUCUCAACAUAUAGAGAAGAGUGACUUUGUGAGACAUAUAUAUGUACAUAACUAUUAUGAAGUUGCUGAUAUGAAUUCAGACUCUCUCUCUCUCUCUCUCCCUUCCA